AUGGCUUCAUAUGGUGCUACGUCAACCGACAGUCGUAAAAGGAAGUCAAGCAGGGAAAAUGCUGGCAAAAGAAUCAUUUUGCCACUGAAGAAGCCUUCUUAUGUUCAAAGACUGCGUCCUAACACAUUGAGGUCACGACAUGUGGGUAUAUUGCGGAAGCUCUUACACAAGCUUGUGAACCAACAAAAUUGGGUGGAAGCUAGUGGUGUUCUUAGUGUGUAUCUGCGAGCAACGAAUAAAGAUGCGUCCCCUUUUGAGAAUCAGUUUAAGUAUUCGGUUUUACUGAGGCUUCUCAAACAUGUGGAAAAUGGUAAUAUCAAACCAAGAAGAAUAAAACACAUCUAUGAUAUUUGGAUGAAGAGGAAUGGAAAAAUGAAACAUAAGCCAACAGAGAAUAAAUAUGCAGUUUAUGUGGACUACAUGCUGUUUUUUAUGAUGCAAGGCAACAUUCAGGAUGCUUAUGAGGCCGUUAUGUGGAUUAGGCAAGAAAAUGGGCCUGGCGGCGAUCAUAUAGCAAAUAUGGUGAUGGGUUUGAUAUAUUAUGAGCUGUGGUAUUCCUGUAUUCCAAAAGAGUUCCAGUGGAGAAACUCAGACCAGUUUGAUUGCCCUGGGACUUCAUAUACGAAGGGGGACAAAUUCAGCAGUCAACAUGAUCGAUUAGGGUGGCAUAAGACAUCUGAAACUUCGAACUCGUGUAAGGAUAAGAAGAUUGAUGCUGACCAUCAAAGGAAAAUACCUCAGUCAAACUUCCAACCGCAAGGUUUUUACUCGGAUUCUGAAGAAUUUUCAGAAGAUAUGGAUGUUGACUCCAGAUUUUAUGCGCGAGAUGCCUAUUCUUUACACAGUCUUGAGGGACUUGAUUCGUGGUUGUUACCCUUGCAUCUACCUGACUGCAACAGUGUUGAGAAUUUCACUCUCAUGCACGGCAAGCUGCUUAAUGAAAAUUACAGAAAUGCAGUGAGGUAUUUACAAAUAGCUCUUGACUCAACGCCCUCCGCAUCGGCAUCAUUACUUCCAUUGAUACAGCUUUUGCUCAUUGGAGGUCGAGUUGAUGAGGCACUAAAAAUAAUUGAGAAGCAGUGCUGUGCUUCUCUCUCUGCUCUUCCAUUUAGAUUGAAAGCUAUCCUCUUGGAGCAAUUUAAUUCAAACGAUCCUCUCUUACUUGUGAGCUGUUUUGAGGAUAUAUUAGAGAAGGAUCCAACAUGUUCUGAGACAUUAGAAAAGCUUGUAAAGAUGCAUGACGAUGGGCACUAUAGUGUUGAAUCUCUGGUAGAAAUUAUUGCUUCUCACUUGGAUGCUGCAAAUGUGGAGCACUAUGACACAUGGAGGCUGUUUGCUUCUUGUUUCCUUAGAUUAUCUGACAAUAAGCAAGGUGAUUUGCAGUUACUCGCCUACAAAGCUGCAUGUGCAUCGCAUAUGUAUGGAAAAGAGUUUCAUUAUGUUGUGGGGGCUUACUCACAUUUGGAAAAAAAUGAUCAGGAUUUAUUGAGGAUUUUGAAACAUCAUAGACGAAAUUCGUAUCGGUUGUAUGAAUAA